AUCCAUCCAACCAUCCAUCCAUCCAUCCAGCCCAGAGGGGACAGAAGGACCGAGGCUCGGGCUCUUUCCUUCCCUGCUCCUCAGCAGGUGCGAGCGUCGUGAAGGACGGAUCCGCUCAGAAGGGAAAACCAAAAGGUUCUGCUCAUGUUUCACCCACUGAGCUUCUAGCUUCGACCCCACCAGGUGGUUCUCACUUCAACAUCAUGCUGCGCCUCCUCCUGCUCCUCCAUCUCCUCGUCCUUUCUCUCUCACCGGCAGGUGCAUCAGUCCAUGAGGAGGUGCCUGACCUUGGUGAAGAUGAAGUCAUAGGAUUUGGUCCGGAGUUUGAGGACCAACCGGUGGACACCAUCUACCCCGAGGAGUCACCCGAGGCCAAAAUUACCAUGAGCUGCCGAGCCAGAGCCAAUCCACCUGCCACAUACAAAUGGAAACUGAACAAUGUAGACAUUGACUUGAAUGAUGAGGGGAGCCACUACAGUUUAUCAGGAGGCAACUUGGUCAUCAGCAACCCCAUAAGAACCGAACACGUGGGAAACUACUCUUGUCUGGCCACCAACAUGUUUGGCACAGUCGUCAGCAGAAAAGCAUCUGUCCAGUUUGGAUACCUUGAUUUUUUCUCAUUGGAGGAGAGGGAGACAGUGUAUGUCAAGGAGGGCCAGGGGGCAGUCCUGCUAUGUGCACCCCCUCCACACCAUCCAGGAGGAUUGUCAUUUCGAUGGAUGCUCAAUGAUUUCCCCAGCUUCAUCUCUCUGGACAAGCGGCGAUUUGUCUCCCAGAUAACAGGCAACCUGUACAUCUCCAAGGUGGACCCAUCAGACAGGGGCAACUACUCCUGCAUGGUAUCCAGCCCAUCCAGUUCCAAGAGUGUGUUUUCCAACUACAUUCCCCUGAAGCUUGUGGCUGAACGUCACAACAGAAAAUACCCAGCUGACCUAAGAGUUAAGUUUCCAGACACCACUGCUUUGGUGGGACAGAAUAUCACCUUGGAAUGCUUUGCUUUGGGGAACCCUGUACCUGAUAUUCACUGGAGGAGAAUUGGCGGAGAGAUGCCGUACAACAUGGAGGUGCGGAUGGCAGGUGCUCAGCUUUACCUCUAUAAUGUCCAGUUCGAUAACAGUGGCACGUAUAGAUGUGAAGCCAUCAACUCAAAAGGAAAAGACUUCCACUCUGCAAAUGUGUCUGUUCAGGCCUUUCCUGUGUGGGUGGAGCACAUUAGUAGCACAGAGAAAGACAUCUAUAGCAGCUUCACCAUGUCAUGCAUAGCCAAAGGUGAACCAAAACCUCAAAUCCGCUGGCUGAAAAAUGGAGAACCGAUUGAUAAGAAAGAAAUGAGGUUCAGCAGGCUGACGUAUGAUGAUGCAGGGAUGUACCAGUGCAUUGCAGAGAAUCGCCACGGAGUUAUUUAUGCCAACGCAGAGCUGAAAGUGAUUGCACGUGCUCCUACAUUUGAACGCCGCCCAGUGAAAAACGUCCUGGCGCCCAAAAAUGGCCGUGUUGUGAUCGAGUGUCGACCGAAAGCAGCUCCGAAGCCAACCUUCUACUGGAGCAAAGACACAGAGCUGCUGUUCAACUCCACCAGAGUAUUCAUCUGGUUGGACGGGAGCCUGGAGAUCCUCAAUGUGACGCAGGCUGACGAGGGCAGGUACACCUGUUUCGCUGAGAACCACUUGGGGAAGGCCAACAGCACUCGCCCUCUGCUGGUCACAGAGUCCACAAAGAUCACCUUGGCACCGUCUAAUGCAGAUGCUAAUGUGGGAGAUGACACCUGGAUGCAGUGUGCAGCAUCACAUGACCAGCUGGUGGACAUCACUUUUGUCUGGUCCCUGGAUGGAAGAGAAAUUGAUUUACACAAGGACAGUGCGCAUUUUGAAAGCGUCUUGAAUGGCAGUUCAAAUAGCAAGCUGCUGAUUAAAAAUGUCCAGCUGAAGCACGCUGGGCACUACACGUGCAUCGCAAAGACCCAGGUCGACAACAUCACCGCCUCUGCCCACCUGGUUGUCAGAGGUCCCCCUGGUCCCCCAGGUGGAGUACGAAUAAUAAACAAAACUGACAAGAGUGUGACGCUGCAGUGGAGCCGUGGAGCAGACCACCACAGCCCAGUUUCCAAAUAUACCAUCCAGUACAGAGACCAGUUCUCCAAAGAUGAGUGGAAGAUUGCCACUACAUCUCCAGCUAAUGUUGAAGGGAACACAGAGACAGCCACUGUGGUGGAUUUGUUCCCCUGGACAGAAUACGAGUUCAGGGUCAUUGCCACCAACACUCUGGGAACAGGAGAUCCAAGCAGGCCAUCGUCUAAAGAGAAAACUCAGGAAUCAGUUCCUGUGGUGGCGCCCUCAGAUGUCGGUGGUGGUGGAGGAGCCAGCAGAGAACUGACCAUCACUUGGACGCCAGUCCAGCCUCCGUACUACUUUGGGACAAAUUUUGGCUACAUCGUGGCCUUUAAACCCCACGGUGAGCUGGAGUGGAAAAGGGUAACAGUAACUGAUCCCGAGGCCAAACAUUAUGUCCACAAAGACCCCAACAUUGCUCCUCUGACGCAGUUUGAAGUCAAAGUGAAAGCAUUUAACAGCCAAGGAGAGGGACCCUACAGCCUGACAGCCAUCAUUUACUCUGCAAAGGACGCACCAUCUGAAGCUCCUGCAAAUGUUGACGUUCGACUGCUUUCUGCCACAAUGGCUACAAUCUCCUGGAAUCACCUCCCACAGAACAGCACAGAUGGAUACCAGAUAAAAUUCUGGAGGGAUCAUGAAGACGGUGAAGGUGGAGCUCAAAGGGUGGGCGUGCUAGCCACAGAAAAUCAGACUAAACUUGAUGGUUUGAGGCCAAACUCGGAAUACCUCAUUGAGGUUCGCGGCUACAACUCUGCAGGAUAUGGGCCACCAAGCAAACGCAUCAGGAUCCACACCAAGAAACCUCCUCCAGACCGACCUCCAAAAAUAUUAGGUACAAAGCUAAAGGGCCAGUUUGUGAAUAUUGCCUGGGAGCAGGUGGAACCACUGACUAAUGAAUCAUCAAUAGAAGGUUACAAAGUGCUGUUCAAACCGAAGGGCAGUGGUGGACCCACACUGUACACAACUAAUAAGCAGUACAUAGAACUCCGCCUGCCUGCAGAUGGGGAAUAUUUGGUGGAAGUCAGGGCGCAUACAGAGGGAGGAGAUGGGGCUGUGGCACAAAUCAGCAUUAAAGGUGGAGGCAUUAUACCCACAGUUUCUCUCAGAGUACCCUCCCUGCUCCUGGUGGUUCUCCUCCUCCUGAACAUUUGAAUGUAGCGCCAUCUUUGUCUUUUCUUACUGACAGAGAAACCCGUGGUUGCUGAAGGUUUACGUCUGUAAGGAUUUGGGAGUCAUUCCACAAUAUCUGUAUUUCGCCCUGUUAUCCGGGAUGUCACGUUCCAGCUAUCUUCCCUCUCUGGGAUGUUUACGGAAAUCGACAUGGACACGAAAUGAUUUGGAAAUGGACAAGGACAUUCCAUAUUUAUCCACAAAAAGCCUCUUAAAAAGAAGUGUUGAAGGAGAUCUGUCACAAUUAAAUGCCUUAUAUAAAUGAUUGCUCUUAUCUUUCACAGUGACUUGUUUUAAAGUGGAUCAUGACUGAAAGUGUAAAUCGUAAAUUUUGCUAGUUAAGUUUUUUUUUCACAUCUCAAACAGAUUUUUUGGUAUAAUGCUACAUUUUUUUUAGCAACCUAAGCAUCAUUUAAACAGGGAUGUUUUGGAAAAUUCAAUCCUUCAGUGCAUUCAUUAGUAUCAGGUAAUCAAAUACUUAUGGAGGUUUUUAAAAAAUCAUAAAACUUGGACUUUUAUUUACAGUUCUGUGUCAUUUUUUUUACUUAAAGCAAACACUGUCUUACAGCGAUACAGUUAAAGCAAAUCUUUUUUAUAACAAACAGAAAGAAACAUUAUGUCAUACUGAAUUAAAAUAUUCAAUAACAGAUAUUGUCAUAUCUAAUAUAAUGAAGGCUGAAGAAGAAGCAGAUUGGUUUUAUCUAUAACUGGUGCUUAUUUGUUAAACCAUACCAUGAGCUCCAUUACUUCUACUUCCCAGCUGUGUGUGUAUUAAUGUUGUUAAAUGAAAGUAAAAUGUUUUAUUGUUUGUGGGUCAGCAUAUUUCAGCUCAUGUGAAAGCAGAUCAAGCCAUGAAGUUUAACAAAAGAAACAAAACAAAACUGUCAAAUAUGGCAUUUUAACUGCAAAUCUGUCACUGACUUCUAGUUGUUUUACCACAAAUUUGCAGCAACAUUUUGGUUUGUGCUGGGAUCUGAAACUAAAUACCUAAUUCCACCUUGUUUGAACUGUAUCAUUAAAACCACAGUGACACUGACAUAUAUUAUAAUACUAAACCAAGUGCCUCACAUUCUCACAUUGUUGGGGAUUAGGUCAGCAGGUCCUGGUUUAUUGGAUCUACCAGGUUGUAGUUUUGGAACCAGAGUUUGUGUACUAUGGAUAUGAGGCUGGGACAUGGCCUUUCUUUUAAAUACAAAAUAACUAAUUACACCUACACAUGUUAGAACAAUAACAUGUGAACAAUUUAAGAACUAUGUCAAUUCAAGGAGUCAAGAAAAGAAUAACUGAGGAUUAGUUUUAAUAAGUGCCGAGACCUAUUUGUUUUGAUGGAAGGGGCGGGCCUUAAAAUUUGUCCUGAGGCCGGUCCAUGUUCCUCUUCCAGCUUCAACCACUGGGAUCCCAUGUAAGGUCCAGUAUUAUAAUACAUGGUCUAUGAGUGGUACUAGUCGGUGCUUUGCAACAAAUGUUAGCAUUUCAGUCUCAUUUAUUGCCUCUCAUGGUUGGCUUUGUGUGAGAGUCACUAUAACAAUGGUAAACAGUAGCGACGCUCACACCCUUUGUUAAAUGUGCAAUGUCUGAUCAUUUUUAAAUAAGACCAUGUGCUGAUCUUCA